AUGUCGUCGGAGAACAAAAUCAACCUCUCGACACUCCCCUAUGACCUUAUCUAUGACAUAUGCGAAUACCUCACUAACGACGACGUCCAAAGCCUUCGACUAGUCUCCACAGCCGUAGCUUCCAGUAUCCCACCUACGCGCCUGGAAGAAAUACAGUCUCAACGAACUAUUUUCAAACAUCCGUAUGAAUUAACACGAUUAAAGCGUCUUGCAUCUCUUCCAUUGGAGCAAAGAAGUCGCAUAAACCAUAUUAUCAUCGACCUCGCAAAUCCAUACGUGGUACCGAUUUCUAGUCAUGAGUUUGAUGGUUUGCUACAGAACUACUCUGAAGAGACCCGUACCAAGCUAUUGAAGUUCUACCAGAACUACCGCGAUAGAAAUACACAUGGAUCUGGGGGUGGAUAUGGAAGAACUUUCAAGAGACUUGCGGAGAAGGUUCUUUGGAGUAGCGGUGUCAGCCAGGUAGAAUCGGAUUCGGGAACUGAGACGGAAUCGAUCUCUAGCGACCUUUCGUUCACCACCCGCUCUGGGAUAUACUCGAUGCUAAGCGAGAACUUCGCAUCGAACGCGGACACACAGGUAUCGAAAUUCAAGAAAUCAAAAGAACAACAAGAGCAGAAUUUCGACUUCUUUAAAUGUCUGGUCGAAACCUUCAAACUUCUUCCCAACCUCAAGAUUAUAAGCUUCAAAGACAGAUCACGUUUCGAACAAAACGAGAAUUACAUCCCGACGGUUUGGAAAGCAUUCAAUCCGGCUCUAGCAGCAUUUCUCAAGAACAACCCCGGAAUCGAGAGUUUUCCAUGGCAUGAAUGGUUCCAAAGUAGUGCUGGCUACGCUUAUGGACUUACCCUCUCUUACGCCUACCCAGGUGUCUUAUUCUGCGCCGCCCAUGCUCAAUGCCAGAUAUCUGAGAUCCGCAUGGAUGGAUUGGGUUGGAACAGAACCAUCGAUUCAGUCCCACUCUGGAAAUUCGGACGAUGGUACCAAUCGAAAGACGGACUAACCUUUCGACCGUGUGUUCCAAGAGAAGGACAUGAUCCCGUUGACUUACAAGCUUUUAAAUAUACCUACAAAAACCUCUCUCGCCUAGAAAUAUGCGUGGCCCUCGAUUGGACGGUGGAAUAUAGAAAUGAAAAAGAUACAUCGGAACUGUUUAUGACAGUCAUACGAAAUGUCCAGGUUCUGGUUAUUACCAGAUUAUUGGAUGUGAUUUCGGAGGCUUGUAAACCUAGCUUUGUGUUCCCGCAGAUGGCCGUUCUGCCGAACUUGCGGAGUCUGGAGCUUAUCAAGGCCGGGGUCACGCUGAAGGCUCUUACUGAGUUCCUGAUCGCGAAUAAAAAGUCGUUGAAGGAGGUAUUGUGUAUUUUCACGCUACGCCAUGUUGUGAAAAAAGAACAUAUGAUCAGCUUCUUGGAAAAGGUCAGAGAAGAAUUAGAUCUUAGGGUUUUUAAAAUGGAUUUCUUGACCAAUAAACAGCCUGCGAAGGGUUGUUACCUCUCUGUCGAUAUUAAGGGGAGUUGGAAAGAUGACACUGGUGGGUAUGAUAGAUAUCAAGUAGGAACAAAGUGCGAAAAGGGAAGAUUUUGGGGAUGGCAAACCCCUGAAGAUCGAGAACCGUUGCCACGGUCGAAUUGGGUAACAAAGACAUCUUGGGGGGGUUUUAUUGAAGGAAUAGAGGGGAUUGACACUGUGGAGAACUGUUCCCAGCAUUUGGAUGGGAAUAUUAAAGAUCAUGAUUAG